CAAUUAUUUAACACACUCUUAUUUUCUCUCUCCUCUCGUUAAACAAAUUCUUUGGGGGGUGGUCGAGAUCUUCCACUUCUUCAGCGCAAAAACAACCUUAAUAUAUAAUUCUAUAUCACAUCUUUUUAUUUUUAUUUUAUUGUUUUCUUUGAAUUUUCCGAGGAAGAAAACUUAAAACUGUCGAAAAGAGAACAAGCGGGGUGCAAGGCAAGGAAUUCUAAACGUAAUAAUAGUAAAUUAGUAAUAAUAAUAAUACCCAGUUGCAAAAAUUUGAGAAAUUUGAUGCCUUUUUAAUUGAAGUGGGUUUUCUGGGUUGUUAUUAUUGUCAAUUCAAAUGUUGGGUUCUUGAUUGAAUUUGAGAAAAAACCCACCUGGGAUCUCAGAGAAAAAAGAAUUGAGUUUGAAUUUUGAUUCAAGAAAUGAUGAAGAUUUCGAGCUGGGUUUUGGUGAUUUCGGCUCUUUUAUCAGUUUUUGCAUUUCAAACUUCAUCAAUUGAUGAUUUUCAUCAAGCGUUUCCCAUCGUGGAACCUGAUCCUGGUCAUACUAAAUUACGCCUUUCUCAAGAGGGAUUGGAGGCCAUUAAGAGAAUAACAUCGCCAAUUGCUGCUGUUGCUGUGAUUGGACCAUAUAGAUCUGGCAAAUCUUUUCUUCUUAAUCAGCUCCUAUCACUUUCUUGUGAUGAAGGCUUUGGUGUUGGACACAUGCGAGAUACUAAAACUAAAGGAAUAUGGGUCUGGGGAAUGCCGAUAGAAGUGAUAGUUGAUGGUGUUAAGACAUCCGUACUAUAUCUUGAUACAGAAGGAUUUGAAAGCAUUGGUAAAUCAAAUGUUUAUGAUGACCGGAUCUUUGCAUUGGCUACUGUUAUGAGUUCUGUACUUAUCUAUAACUUGCCUGAGACGGUCCGUGAAGCUGAUAUAUCACGGCUCUCAUUUGCUGUUGAGCUUGCUGAAGAAUUCUAUGGAAGGUUAAAAACUCUGAUUUACUUAUUUAUUAGCUCAUAAGAUCUUGUUCUUUUACAGAAUAUGCUCAUGAACUAUAUUUAUGCAAUGGCUUCAUUGUAUCAGGGGGAGGAUGUUGCUUUUGAACCUGCUAAGCUUCUAUGGCUAAUACAGCGUGAUUUUCUGCAAGGGAAAUCUGUGCAAGAAAUGGUAGAUGAAGCUCUUAGACGUAUCCCCAAUCAAAAUGAAGACAAAGAUAUUGAGCAGGUUAAUCAGAUCCGUGAAUCAUUGGGUGUAAUGGGUGACAGCAGCACAGCUUUCAGCUUACCACAACCUCAUCUACAACGAACACGACUCUGUGAUAUGAAUGACACCGAAUUGGAUCCUGGCUAUGUGAAAAAGAGGGAUCAGAUGAAGGAACUUGUCGCUUCUAUUGUUCGCCCAAAAAUUGUGCAGGGUAAAAUGCUCAAUGGGAAGGAGUUUGUGUCUUUUCUUGAGCAGAUAAUUGAAGCCUUGAAUAAAGGAGAAAUCCCAUCCACUGGAUCUCUUGUUGAGGUUUUCAAUAAGAAAAUUGUUGAGAGGUGUUUGAAGUUAUACAGUGAAAGGAUGUCUAUGUUGAGAUUGCCUCUCUCUGAGGAAAUGCUGAAAAUAGCCCAUGAUGAAUCAAAAGGUGUUGCAAUGAAAGCUUUUGAUCAACAGCAUUUUGGUCGUAAUCAUGCUAAGAAAUCAGUUGAACAAUUGGGUGAAGAAAUUGAAAAGGUGCAAAAGAAUUAUAUAAUGGCAAAUGAAUAUGAAUCAACAAAACUUUGUGAGAUGCUGUACACAACUUGCGAGGACAAAAUGGAUCAACUUCAGGUGCUCCGACUGCCUUCUAUGGCGAAGUUCAACGCAGGCUUUCUCAAGUGCAACGAGAGUUUUGAACAACUGUGUGUUGGACCUUCAAAAGCCGGUUAUGAACUCCGGAUGAUGAAGAUGAUGGGAAAAUCACGCUCUGUGUUUAUCAAGGAAUACAACAAUAGGCUUUUUAAUUGGUUGGUGGCGUUUUCUUUGGUGAUGGUGGUGGUCGGACGAUUCAUCAUAAAGUUCUUUUUGCUUGAGAUUGGAGCAUGGGUAAUGUUCAUUUUCUUGGAGACAUAUACGAGGAUGUUCUGGUCAGCAGAAUCUCUAUAUUACAAUCCUGCGUGGCAUGUCAUCGUGAGUACUUGGGAAACCGUGGUGUAUAGUCCGGUCAUCGAUUUGGACAGGUGGGCGAUUCCCCUCUGUGUGAUGGUGGCUCUAUUCAUACUCUACUGGCGGUGUUACGGGAGAAACAAGAAUUCGUCUAGGUGGUCUUUACCUUUGUACAACAGCAAUAAAAAUAAUUCAAAUCGAUCAAGAACAGAUUAGCAGUAUACCCAUGUUAUGUAAUACCAUUGUUAUGAUUCCCUUGAUUUGUUGAUUUGGGUGAGCUUUUGGCUUUUUCAUACAUAGAGCUCUCUCAUGAGUGGGAUUUUGGGGUGCUUUUUAUGAACCCUUUAAAGUCUUAUAAACAGAUUCAAGGAUCAGACUUCAGGCAUUGUCAGAUCAAUAGUGUUCUCUUCAACUGUAGCAUACCACCCAAUCUGUAUGAUUAUUAAGCUUAAUGAAAGUAUUCUUCAUUGCA